AAGCAGCAAGCCUCCCCAGGAGGAGCGGCAGGACGCUCUCCCACAAGGCAGGGAUUCCCCGUUUCCAAACCUGACAUGAUCUCGCAGCUGGAACGAGGGGAGGAGCCGUGGGUCCUGGAUCUCCAGGGCUCUGAGGAAGGAGAGAUCCAGAGAGCUGUCUGUGCAGGUGCUGGGAUGGUGAGUGAGAACAAGGAGCAGAAUCCUCAGCAGGAAGAUGCUGAGCAAGUGGAAGCACAUGGGGGAUUAUCACAAGGAUCCCAAGGGAAUGUGUCCAGGCAUCAUGUGCAGGGAAAAGCCUGUGAGAGUCAGCACAGGCCAGAGAGGCAGCAGGGAAUCCAGCCCAGGGAGAAAGUGGGCAAAUCCAUUAAUUGUCAGGAGACUCACUGUAGCUCCAAGGAAAUCACAGCCCAGCAGAGAAUACCCACAGGAGAGAGAAAAAACACAUGCACUGAGUGUGGGAAACACUUCACUCUGAUCUCCACCCUCGUUAGACAUCAGCAGAUCCACACGGGAGAGCGCCCCUACAAAUGCUGUGAGUGCGGGAAACAGUUCAGUGAGAAAUCAAACCUUAUCACACAUCAGACAAGCCACACGAGAGAGACCCUAGGAGUGCUACAAGUGUGGGAAAAGCUUCACUCAGAACUCAUCCCUUACUAGACAUCAGAGGAUCCACUCAGGAGAGAGCCCAUAUGAAUGCCGUGAGUGUGGGGAAAAGUUCACUCUGAGCUCAUUCCUUAUUAAUCAUCAGAGAAUGCACACAGGAGAGCGCCCCUAUACAUGCUGUGAGUGUGGGCAAACGUUCGCUCAGAGCUCAAGUCUCAUCAGUCAUCAGAGGAUCCACACACGAGAGCAGCCUGUGAAUGCAGGAAAAGUUUCAGCUCACACCU